UGGAGCGCCUAUCCGAUACCUACCGACGAGAAGAUAUCUUGCUCACGGUUCUAGGAAGCUGUCAAAGUCGGACACAUCAAUUAUCAGCUGAACUAGCUCGUCAGAGUGGAGGACCGAACGGUCCUGAGUAUCCAGUGGCCAAAAUGAUAGAAGGUGGCUGUAAUGUCAGGGACAUUACUGGUGGUGGUGGUGAGGCAGUGGCGGAGGGUACGAGUGGUCUGGCAUUGUCGUUGCCAUCCCCGAUGGGCUAACCGAUACCGUAUUGUCAUAUAUGGUAUUGGGAUGUUCAUCGCGACUGGCGCGAUGGUGCUGGGUCUCAUCGUCCCUCUUGCUGCGCAUGAAAUCCAGCCAGUCGUUGGGCUCGGUGAGUGGGUCAUGGUGUAUGGCACGCCAGAGCACCUCUCGUUCCUCCGACGCCUUCUUGUCGUCAUAGCGUUGCUUGCCGAGGAGCGUCAGAAGGAACCACCUGUCCCACUCACGAGCAUUAAGUGUUGGCGCAUCGUCUGGGGCCUCGCCGGGAACGUAGGAGUCGUCAUUCAGAAUCGAGAGCAUCGAAGGGGUGCAUGGGUGGUGCAUGGUUCGGUAAGCAACAUCACACCUCUCUCGCUCCGAGGUGUCGCCAAUGCUCUAUCCCUCCAAGCUACAACAUUCUCCAGGCCGAAAGUGCCUAUCUGCAAUGUGGCGAUCAGUGACAACUCCUCCGUAUACGCGAUCGUACUCACUAGGGUAUAGGUCCAAUCCCGGACCUCCGAUACUGGUGCCUCCGAGUCCUCAAUGCUGUGGGGUGAAUUCAUUGGAAGCUGACUUGGAAGCUGGCAAGUUGGUAUGGUCGUUGUACUAAUUUGAAAUGACCAGCCCUGAACCUGAAGACGCGCCUUUGUUUUCUUCUCAGACGCCUGGCAAACCACGACCAAUUUGGUAUAAAUCACUGCCUGGUGCAUGUACAACAAAAUUUCUCUGC